UUUUGCCUACUCACUAAUCGAAUAUCUUGCCUACACUUUGUCAUCCGCCGAAGAGAAGCAAAACCCUGAAAAGCCUCGUCCAUCGUUGAGAUGAUUAAAGGAGGCAAAACAUCGGUGCUAACCUAUGCUGAAAAAUGCAAGAAUAUAUUGACAUCUAAUUGGCAAGGUUACCUUAACACUGUAAAGGCUGAUGCUAAUGGAAGCAAAGGAGAAAUAUACAGUUCAAAAGUCCGGUAUUUCGUCAAAAAAGGGAAGCCAUACAUCUGGGUACCAGAAAAUGAUAUGCACAAUGUGAACACGAUGAUAGAUGAGCGGGGUUCUUUUGCUGUUACCAGUUCCUUCACAGGUCCACUGGCAAGUUUUCUCAAGUCUAUGAAGAAAUCACCAGCUAGGGUUGCUUUGAUGGGUGAAGUACUGCAUCUUAAAGAUGAAAAGGCUAGGUUGAUUGGAGAGAGUCUUAAGGAAGUUAUAUCAUCUGAAAAGAGCAUGAUAGAGAAAUUCUCUUACUCUGUUUUGGGUAUAUUGAGUUCAUCUAGGUUUAGCCGAGGUGAAAAUCUCCAGGAAUUAUUUGAUUCAGAAAAAAGAUAUGUUGUUCUCAAGUUCAAUCCAAGGUCGUCAUGUAUGUAUUUUGACAGUAAUGGAGGGACUCAUGAAGUAGAUCUAGAGGAAGUAAAUGGAACAAAACCUGAUCCUUUGUCAUCACAUACCAUGAGCCUGAUUGAUGGAAUUAAUCAAUGUGAGGCGAGGCGUAGGGCUUUAGUUCUCUUCUGUAUCACGCACUUGAAUAAGAACGCAAAGGAUGCAUUUCUGCUUUCCAUCGAUCGGAAAGGAAUUGAUGUGCUCGGAAAAGUUUUAGGUCCAAUAAGGAGCGAUGGUUCUCGUGAAUAUCAGUGGAGGGAGUUCAGAAUUGCAUUCAGAGAAGAAGCACACACUGUUGAAACAUUCUGCCGUCAGCUUGUUGAAAUGGAGGAGGAAGCACUCAAGAGUAUCUCCAACUUUAGUGGUAUAUAAACAGGGUGGAAUCAGCAUCAAGGAGAACCUGUGAUGGAUAGUGUAACUGCAUCAUGGGUCACUUUUGACAGAGAAGGGAACUGCAAUAGAGGGUCCUGGCUAGGAACAGAACCUUAGCUAAGCUGUGGCACUGUAGUUUGAGGAACGUUAUUCAAUGUGAUGUAAACUGUUAAAAACUUAUCUUUGGUGUGAGCUGCAUACCCUCACCUAUUAUAAACUGAAUGUGUUUCAUUAAAUUUAAUAUAAGAUAAUAUUAUUAAAGUA